AAAUAAUUAAAAACAGUAAAAAUUUUUGUUAUAAUUAUUUUAAUUACAUUUUUAUAAUAACCCUUACACGUACUUAACACGGAAACAACGAUUCUCCUAGAUAGUUCUUUCAAAUUUUUCAAACCUAUUUCUAACAAAAACUCAAUAUGAUUCUUCUUCCUUUUUCGUUUAAUAUAUUCUUUAUUUAAAUUUAAAGUACGUCAAUAUUAAAUUACUAAAAAGAAAACAUGAAAAAGAGCCGAAUAAAACAACUAAAUGUUAGUACAUCACAGCAUGAUUUUUUAGUAAAACCUUAUGGAUUUUGUUGUGAUAUCAAAGACUACGACCCAAAAUUAUUCUCAUUAAAAGAAGAGCCCGAGCCACUUUUUCCUUCAAGCGGUCCACUCGAAGGAGGACCUGAUAUUAAAUUCCGUCUUCAAGAACAUGACGACAUCCAAUCUUUCAGACAACGAAGUAUCCAAAGAAAUGCUCAACGAGGUGGACUUCGGAGUAAAUAUCGAAGUGGUCAACAAGUUAUUUGGAGUAACCAGUCGUAUGCCCAACCGUAUCGACGUCGUAGGUAUCGGACCCCCAAACCUGAGGGUACUGUAAAAGUCCCUGAAGAUAGAACCCAAGGUAGAACCCCAGAUAGAGGUAGAGGCAUUGAAACUUUGGGUGAAUUAUUGAUAUGUAAACAAUGCAGAGGACCUCUCCGAUGGUAUUUAGAAGACGAAAUAGCAGCUGCUCGUGACGUUAUGAUGAAGAGAAAGCAAGAAAUAUACAAGGCAGAAAUGGAAAAGAACAUUAAAGUUGCUAAACAGAAAGAAAAUAGAAGACGACGAAGGGGGAAGAAAAAAUUAAGCAAAUUUCAUGAGAAUACAUUCAAAGGAGAUAUAUUUAUAUAGAGAAGAUACAUGUGAAGGCAAAUAAAAAGAUAUAACAUAAAAGAACCUAAUAUAACAUUUUAUUGUAAUAAAAAUGUUUACAUAAUCUCAUGUUUAUUAGAGAAUGAAAUACUAUGAAUACAUUAUGCAAAAAUUACGUGAGGUUGAUUUCUUUCAAUGCUUUAGUAAUAUCUAUAACUCAAAAUUACAAAUACGCUUAUAUACAUACAUAAAUAUAUGAAAUUAAAAGUAAGUAAAAUGAUUAUUUCAACAUUUUUCAUACAAAGCAUAUUUUCAUAAAUACUGAACUAAAUUUUCACCAAAUUUUUUCUGCAGCACACAAUUUAUUUCACUACAUGCGUCCAUUAAAAUUAUUUAUAAAGUUAUAUAUAUAAGGUUAUUUAUAAAGUUUAUAAAGUAGUAUAUAAUUACACACAUAUAUCAAUACUAUUUUAUUAGAGCAUAAUUUAUUAGCAUUUAAGAAACAGAAAAAUUUGAAUCCAUAGAAAUAUCUGAAGCCCCUCUUAUUCUUUUGAAAUUACGAUUAAUUUUAACAUUAAUGAACCAAUCUUAACAUAUCUUAAUAUCGAAAAUUUGUUAUUAAUUCAUAACAAUUUCUUAUUGUAAAUUUGAAAAAUAAUCUGUUUCUUAAAUGCCAACAUAUAUGGAUUGAAUAAUAUAUAUAUGCGGUUAAUUUUUUAAACACAAUAUAAAAGUAAUGUUUAGAUUUCGUAUUUACGCAUGUUAUUUUAUCGCAAAAAAGCCAUUUAUGGAAAGUCAGGUGUAUAUAUAUAUAUUUUUUUUUUACAUACAUAUAUGUAUAUCAAUUAUGAAGUAUAUUAACAAUAUCACUCUUAAAGACGUUUGAUGUUAUUAUUAAGUAUUAUUCAAAUACAAAAACCGUACCUUUUCGAUAAGAAUGAUCGACUGUGUGCAGAAAUGCGUAAAUAACUAGAACUUACUUUUCUGUUCUUUUGUGUCAAACUUAAUAAACAUUUACUAUUUAUUGAGAAAGACAGAAACUACUCAGUUACAAUACUCAAAUUUUUAGAAUUUAUUUAGUUUGUAUCAACACCAGUUGGGUUGAAAUAUUAUUUUAUUUUCUUUCUAAUUAUUUUUAAAAGAUGAAAAACACUAUAUAGUAUGAAGUUUAGUAAUUAAUAUUUA